AUGUAUUACAGUGGUGUAUUCUGCAAUACCCACAGAGCUAAGCUCCUAUUUCUGAGUAGGUUUUUCAGACUAUUCCGUAAAUCUAUAUUUGGGGCCGCGGAUGAGAUUGAAUUGAAGUUUAUGAACAGGAGAAACCAUGAAGAUUUGAAUCUUUUCAUCUUAAUCUUAAAUCAAGAAAUCAGAAAGUUAUCAACACAGGUUAUCAGAGUGAAGUGGUCACUCCAUGCAAGGGAAGAGAUUGUCUUUGAGCUUCUCCAACAUCUAAAAGGAAAUGGAGCAAGAAGCCUACUAGAGGGAAUCAAGAAGAGCACAAGAGAAAUGAUUGAGGAGCAAGAAGCAGUUCGUGGCCGCUUGUUUACUAUUCAAGAUGUCAUGCAAAGCACUGUUCGAGCUUGGUUACAGGAUAAAAGCCUUCGGGUGACCCAUAAUUUAGCUGUAUUUGGUGGUGUUGGCGUUGUCCUCACCAUCGUUACGGGGUUAUUUGGGAUCAAUGUUGAUGGGAUACCUGGGGCAGAAAGUACACCAUAUGCAUUUGGUGUUUUUACAGCCAUCCUUGUCUUUUUGGGAGUUGUGCUGAUUGCAGUAGGCAUGGUUUACCUUGGGCUGAAAAACCCCGUUGCUGAAGAACAGGUUGAAGUUAGGAAGCUUGAACUGCAAGAAUUGGUGAAGAUGUUUCAGCAUGAAGCAGAGACUCAUGCUCAAGUCAGGAAAAACAUUUCUCCAAAAAACUUACCUCCUACUGCUGGUGAUGCUUUCCGUAGUGGUGCGGAUUAUCUUGUCAUACAAUAG